AUGUCUCGCCGACCUCCCAAAGGCGACUACAUCGAGACCGACACUGGUAACAAAGUCUCCCGCAAAGCCGUCCUCGUCGGAACCCAAAACAUUAUGCUCGGCGGUAAAACCGUCAUCCAACCCGAAGUCAUGAUCAGAGGUGACCUCACCCGCACAGUCUCCUCAUCCUCCUCUGGCACGGCGCCUGCCAGCAAUACAGCCGUCGCCAUAGGUCGCUACUGCUUCCUCGCCCGGGGCGUGCUGCUGCGUCCACCUGGCCGCAUGUACAAGGGCGCUUUCACGUACAUGCCUUUGCGUCUAGGCGACCACGUCUUUGUUGGCCAAGGAACCGUCGUGCAGGCGGCGUCGUUGGGAAACCAUGUGCAGAUCGGAAAGGGGUGCACCAUUGGCGAGUUUGCGAUUGUUAAAGACUAUGUUCAGGUUCUGGAUGGGACGGUUGUGCCGCCGAGUAUGGUUAUUCCCAGCUUUUCCAUCGUUGCUGGUCAGCCGGCGAGAGUGAUUGGGGAGAUCCCUGAAGGUGGACAUGAGGAAUUUGAAUUGAGAGAUAUGUAUAAGACUGUUGGGAACAAUCCUCAACCUCCUGCAGCACCACCUACGGCACGAGCAUGA